AUGAAUUCUAGUUUUAAUUCAUGCGAUAUCAAAAACCAAUCUGGCAUUAAUUUACAUAUCCCAAAUGAUACCAAUGAGUCGGUAAGAUCAAGGAAUGACUUCACUUUUCAAACCAUUCAUACUGGUGAUGGAUAUCCUCAAUCUUCUGUAUGUGGUGUGUCACCUAAACAUGAAACACUAUGGUCUAUUCCUAAUACAAAGGUUAAUGAACGGUCAGGUUUUAUAGUUCAAACUCAUCCUACAGAUAAUCAGCUUUCAUGUCAGCAAACAUCAUGUCCAGAAAUUUUGCCACGUCUCCAUUCCAAUGGAUCUGACUCAAGUUCUGGUUACUACUCACGCUCGGAUUCUUUAUCUUCAAAUGAAGGAAAACAACUUAUUCUGGCUGUAAAUGCUAACAAUUUACGUACAUGUUCAACUGCAAGUCAUGCAGCAUCUGUUAUGUCUGUUACUAAGCUUGUUUCAACAGCUGUUAGUAAUAGAUCGCCUUGUUCAACUGCAGUGUCCUCUUCACAUUCCCAAAUCCAAAAUACAGAACUUCCUGUUCAUUUACAUUAUUGGCGUUCAGGUAGUUCAAGUACAACGUCAUCGGAUUCAUCGUCAUCUUAUUCAUCAACCAAAUCGAAUUCCCUUGAUAAACAACUUCGACCAACUAGUGAAAAUGCAACUAUUAAUGUUUAUCCUUCUGUUUAUCUUACUCCCCAAUCAGAUUCUAUGAAUUUAUUCCCUUGGCCUGCACUUCUUAAUUCAACUAAAACAACACCUCAAGUCUAUUCAACUCCUGUAACUCAUUCGAAUAAUACAUCAUCAUGUUCAGGUGUUGCAUCUUAUUCUUCAAAUACAAAUAUUACAAAUAAUCCAAAUUCAGAUGUAACAGACACUUUAAGUAGUCUGCUAUCCUCAUCAGCUUCAGAGCUAAAUUCUCCUUUAUCAGUUCGGGAAUGGUUUUUAGGAGGCAAUGUUAGUAUGGAUCAUGUAUGA